CCGGCGGCCGGAGGAUUGUUCCUUGCUCCGCCGGUGUCGUGCGCUCGCGAUCCUUGCCGCCGCCGCACGUCGCCCGGGAGGCAGCGGUGGGCAGCGCCCCAGCUCCCGAAAAGCCCAGAUAACGAGGGGCGAAGUAACCGCACCGGCGACAGUAGCGAAUAACGAUACUGAGACACGCGCCCGAGGGCCCCGCGGGGCUGCUCGGCCCAGGGGAGCCCCCGCGCGUUCCCGGGGCUCGCGGGCCGCCCGAGCAGCCGGGCUCGGAGCUGCCCCGGGCGCUGUCCUGCGUCCCAGGCUCGUCCGCGCCGAUCUCAGCCGGGAAUGAGCCUCCCUUGGCCUUCUCCGCUGCUGCUGACUUUCAUCUGCAGGUGGACUUUUAUAAGUAUUUGACUUUACCCAAAAUGUGCAAAGAGGAAUAAUGGAAGCACCUGAAUACCUUGAUUUGGAUGAAAUUGACUUCAGUGAUGAUAUAUCUUACUCAGUCACAUCACUGAAGACCAUCCCUGAACUGUGCCGAAGAUGUGAUUCACAAAGUGAAGACAGAUCAGUUUCUAGCUCGAGCUGGAAUUGCAACGUGUCAGCACUGAUUACAAACACGCAAAAGCCCACAGGAAUCGCGGAUGUGUACAGUAAGUUCCGUCCUGUGAAGCGAGUUUCCCCACUGAAACAUCAACCAGAGACUCUGGAGAACAAUGAAAGUGAUGACCAGAAGAACCAGAAGGUGGAGUACCAGAAAGGGGGUGAUCCUGACCCAGGCCCCCAACCUGAGGAGCUCAGCCCUGGAGAUGGAGAAAAUGGUCCCCAGAAUAAGAGCAGCGAGCCCAGCACCUUGCUGGGGGAACUGGAGCAUUAUGACCUUGACAUGGAUGAGAUUCUGGAUGUGCCUUACAUUAAAUCCAGUCAACAGCUUGCCUCUUUCACCAAGGUGACUUCAGAUAAGAGAAUUUUGGGUUUGUGCACAACCAUCAAUGGCCUUUCUGGCAAAGCCUGCUCUCCUGGAAGUGCUGAGAGCUCACCAUCCAACAUGACACCAUUCUGUGUUCUUUCUCCUGUGAAAAGCCCUCACUUGAGAAAAGCAUCCUCUGUCAUCAGAGACCAGCCAAAGCUCUCCACAGAGGAGUCUGAGAGCUCGCCACCUCUGGUAAAGUGUGGCUCUGCAUAUGAGCCUGAAAACCAGAGUAAGGACUUCCUAAACAAGACCUUUAGUGAUCCUCAUGGUCGAAAACGCGAGAAGGCAACGCCAGACUGCCAGCUCAGGGCCUUCCAUUUGCAGUCCUCAGCCACAGAACCCAAACUAGAAGAGCAGAUUGGGGGUGGGAACUGGACCAGCUCCCAAGGCCCGGAAGAAAGGAGUGAAUAUCUGAAAAAAGUGAAAAGCAUCUUGAACAUUGUUAAGGAAGGACAGAUAUCUCUCCUGCCACACCUCGCUGCCGACAACCUAGACAAAAUUCACGACGAAAGUGGCAACAAUCUCCUACAUGUGGCCGCAUCACAGGGACAUGCAGAAUGUCUCCAGCACCUCACGUCUUUGAUGGGAGAAGAUUGCCUCAGUGAGCGAAAUGCAGAGAAGCUGACUCCAGCGGGCCUGGCCAUCAAGAAUGGUCAGUUGGAGUGUGUCCGCUGGAUGGUGAGUGAAACCGAAGCCAUCGCUGAGCUGAGCUGUUCUAAGGAUUUCCCAAGCCUUAUUCAUUACGCAGGUUGCUUUGGCCAGGAAAAAAUUCUUCUUUGGCUUCUUCAGUUUAUGCAAGAACAGGGCAUCUCAUUGGAUGAAGUGGACCAAGAUGGCAACAGCGCGGUCCAUGUAGCCUCCCAGCAUGGCUACCUCGGGUGCAUACAGACACUGGUUGAAUAUGGAGCAAAUGUCACCAUGCAAAACCAUGCUGGGGAAAAGCCCUCCCAGAGCGCCGAGCGUCAUGGGCACACGCUGUGCUCCCGGUACCUGGUGGUGGUGGAGACCUGCAUGUCGCUGGCCUCUCAGGUGGUGAAGCUAACCAAGCAGCUGAAAGAACAGACAGUGGAACGUGUCACACUGCAGAACCAGCUCCAGCAACUUCUAGAAGCCCAGAAAUCAGAAUCACUCCUUUCCUCACCCAGUUCACCAUCCUCCCCAGCUUCCAGAAGGUCCCAGUGGAAACCUCCAGAUGUGGAUGAUGAGUCUGUAGCCAAAGGCAAACCAGGAGUCCAAGAAGGGAUUCAGGUUCUCGGAAGCCUGUCAGCAUCCAGUCGAGCUAGAGCCAAGGUGAAAGAUGAGGAUUCUGACAAAAUUCUCCGCCAGUUACUGGGAAAAGAUAUCUCAGAGAGUGUCUGCACCCAGGAAAAGCUGUCCUUAGAAUUCCAGGAUGCACAAGCUUCCUCCAGAAACUCAAAGAAGAUCCCAGCAGAGAAGAGGGAACUGAAAUUAGCUCGGCUAAGGCAGCUGAUGCAGCGCUCCCUGAGUGAGUCUGACACGGAUUCCAACACCUCUGAGGACCCCAAGAGCACGCCUGUGAGGAAGGCUGACAGGCCCCGACCACAGCCCAUCGUGGGAAGCGUGGAGAGUGUGGACAGCGCAGAAAGCUUACACCUGAUGAUAAAGAAACACACCUCGGCGUCGGGACGUAGGUUUCCUUUUGGCAUCAAGGCCUCCAAGUCUCUGGAUGGUCAUAGCCCAUCUCCCACCUCAGAGAGCAGCGAACCUGAUGUGGAAGCCCAGUGUCCCGGCUCAGGGACCACUCCCCCAAGCCAGUCCCCGGGAGACCCUACUCAGCCCAGCCCUGACAGCACUGCUGCCCAGAAAGUGGCCAUGAGCCCCAAGAGUGCCCUCAAGUCUCCAUCUUCCAAGCGCCGGACAUCCCAGAACUUGAAACUCAGAGUUACCUUUGAGGAGCCUGUGGUGCAGAUGGGACAACCUAGCCUUGAGCUAAAUGGGGAGAAAGACAAAGACAAAGGCAGGACCCUCCAGAGGACCUCCACAAGUAGUGAAUCAGGGGACCAACUGAAAAGGCCUUUUGGAACCUUCCGAUCUAUCAUGGAGACACUCAGUGGCAACCAGAACAAUAAUAAUAACUACCAGGCAGCCAACCAGCUGAAAACAUCCACGCUGCCCUUAACCUCACUUGGAAGGAAGACCACAGAUGCCAAGGGAAAUCCUGUGAGCUCUGCUAGCAAAGGAAAGAAUAAGGCGGAGAUGUACGGCAGCUGCGUCACCCUCUCUUCUAACCUGCUGACCGAAGAGCCUCUGCGUAACCAUGCACGGCAUAAUGACAUCAGUAGAAAAAUGAAGAAAUCCUACAGCAUACAGCACAAUGCUGAGCCAGAGCCAAAAGAACUCUUCUUGUAAAUCACUUUUUUCUUAUCUCUCAUUGCCACCCUUUGGACACCAUUGGAAAUUUCUGGACUAUCCACUGUGGAAAUAGAAUCAUGAGAACAAUGUCUCACCAGCAGAAGAACAAUAUCAGGAUGCCUUAAAUUUAUAGUAGCAGACUAUAUAAUACACAUUUUUGGGUGAUAUUUGUAUAUAUAUCUUGUUUCUAAAGAAAUGCUGCUUAAAAGCAUGAUUGGGCCAAUGUAUGUUUUUUAAGAUUGGAUUGGUUCAGCUUACCCACACGACGUCCGCCAAGCCACUGGCGCCAUCUUGUCUUUCAUCAGUUGCAUGGGUGUUUGCUAAUGUUGACUGAACUUUUGCUUUCCCAAUACAGUGGGCAGUUUGGGCUCCACUCUUCAAUGAGACCAGGUCAGUGGUAUUGUUUUCUGUCAAGAGUGUUUUUUUCUGUCAUUUCUACUUUUUGUAUAAAGGAAAUAAAACAAUGUUAACAGCACCUAGAAGCUUGGGGUACCUACGUUCCAAUAAGCCUGUGAUGUUCUGCUUUCCAAGGGACCUUGAGCGUAUUUUGAUUGCUGAUAUUUUAUUUCAGGAACAACCUGCCUGAUUUAGCUGUUUUCCCAUAGGGGUGAAAUAAAACAUUCUAGUUUUCAUUAAGUACUAAAGGAUCAGACAAGUAUAUAAAGUAAGUCAAUUCCUUCUGUCUUCUCAAAUCCCGGCGUUGACAUGAGAAAAUACUAAUGACAGCUAAGGAUUCAGCCCCUGCUUGGGUCACUUUUUCUGUCUAGAACACAUUAUGAGACCUGUCUAAUCCCUUUAGGAGACAGUGUGGAGCCUGCCUGGGUUUAUAACAACCCUAUUGUUGAUACAGCCCUUUCAAUCCAUGUAAGCAGUAAGUUCCAGAUGGUUUUGUCCUAUCAUAUAAAAAUAUAUUUCUGUUGAAACUUCAAGAGUUUUAUUUUCAAAGUGUUGGCAUUGCCCCUAAGAGGCCUGUCAGAUUUUAGUUUGGAAGUCAAGUGUGUUCUUACCAGUAGGAGGGAGCCCUGUAUGCUAUUCACAGCUACUGACAGUGUUAACUGCCAUCAAAUGCAAACCAUUCUGUAUCCUGGUGGACAGAAGAGGCCAAGGUACUGAGUUAGCAGGUAAUCUUGCAUAUGUGGGUCAUCUGCACAUGUGGGCUUGACAAGAUGCAAUGAGAUGCAGAAGGGGGACCUAAUAUUCAAGUGCCUUUUAUGUACCAGCCGUGCUUAUGUGGAGAUAUUACUAUUACCAUUUCAUAGCUUAGCAAAUUAAAUUUCAGAAAGCAUAAGUCCUACAUCCAAAGUAAUACUACAUGUAAAUAGCAGAAUUGGCUCUCAUGCAUCAUUCUCACUGGACUAUCCUCUCUGUCCUGCACUGUGCCAUCUCUCUAGUGCAUUACCCACUAGACUAGUACACAGGAAUCAUGAGUUGUGACGUUGGCUCUACUUCUCAAUAACUCUUUGGUCUUGGGCAAGAAACACUGCCUCCUUAAUAAGUCUAGAAAAGGGGGAGACUGGCCUAUAUACAUAUCUAGGAGGUAAGUUCCUUCUGACCUACACAGCAACAUGUCUAGGAAUUCAACCAAUUUGUUCUGUUCUUGUUUGAGUCUUCCGGGUUCCUGUCCUUAGAGCCUGGUGCCCUGUGUGGUUCUGUGUUGCUCAUAUUGUCUGCUCCUCAAAUGAGAUGCCCUAUUCUGUUUUUGGUCCCUUGGCCUCAAGGACCUUCUCUGCUUUUUCAUAUUUCAUUGCUGGGUCCUAGUGUUGCAAUUCUAAUAGAGAAUAUAUGGCCAGCAUGUGUAAAGCCUAGAUUCCUGUGCUCUCUGCUCGGUGCAGAAGAGGUGACCAUGGUGUCACACAUGAGCCAAGCUUUAGGACUUAGUCCUAGAAUGAGGCUUGCAAAGGAAAGGGACCCAGAGAGUGCCCUCUCCAUUCCCCAGAAGCCCUAGCUUUGCUCUGAGACUAGGUUUUUAAACUCAAAAGUUGAAAGGGGGGGGGGGGGCAUUCUGCAGAUUUUAAGAGUCAGAAAAGAGUUCCCAGUUAAAUGUAGCAGAAAAAAACAAGAGUUUGAAAGAAAGAGAUGCCACCUUGACCUAGAAAACUGGCAAUUCUGUUGUUUAUUGACACAAGCAUUUCAGAUACCACAGUACUAAGCCCAGAAGCACAGAGAAUUUUUUAAAGGCAAAAUAGGAAAGUCAAGUAGAUUCAGAUGAGCCAAACUGCCAAGACAAUGCAUUCUGUGUUUAUCGAUGUUGUUAGGACACUAGAAAUGCUGAUCCUUAAAUCACGCAUGUAUACUAUCUUUACCAUCCAAGUUCUUUAUGAAAUGGAUAAAUUAUGCUUGCUUGAAAUAAAUAGAAAUGAUGUGUUCCUUACCACAA